AUGGCCACACUCGAAACUCUAAAGUCACAUCUACGGGGAUCCACUGCAAUGAAGCAGUCCGCAACGAAGUCAUUGUCCCCUGCACAAUACAGCGCUGGCUUCGAGAUCUUGGUGCAGGGCCCAGGAUGGAUGACCUACCGAGACUUCAUUGUGCCUCAAUUGUCUCUUCUCCUAGCUCCCCUCAUCCAUUCGCGCAUCGACAUCUCGGUGCUAGAGAUUGGGCCCGGCCCAAAGAGCGUACUCGGAAAUCUGCCCGGUAAUCUGAGAAGGAGCAUUAGGAGAUACACUGCAUUUGAGCCCCAUGGAGAUUUUGCUUCAAGAUUGCAAGAUUGGGUUGGCUCAACGUCAGAGACAAGAUCCCCAUUCCCCUGCCUGGAGAGCCCAUCCAAUAUCCAUCGAAAGCCAUUCGGUGUCGACUACAAUACUGGCAGCGGUGUCGGCUGCAAGACGAGUGAUGUCGAUGAGAAGUUUGACGUCAUCCUAUUCUGUCAUAGCAUGUACGGAAUGAAUCCCAAGGGCAGGUUCAUCGAACGAGCGCUGAAGAUGCUCGAUGAGCGGGUUGAAGGCGGGAUGGUUGUUGUUUUCCAUCGAGAGGGGACGCUGCAUACCGACAAACUGACGUGUAGCCGGACAGCUUCCUUCCCGGCCGGAGUCACUCGCGUGGCGGAUGAAGACAAGGCACUGGACUGUUUUGCGGCUUUCAUUGCCGGAUUCGUUAUGCUGGAUGCAGAUGCUGACAGGGCUGUCCGAGCCGAACGGCGCGAUUUGUGCCGCACCUUGGGGCGUCGCGCCGAGACGCACCCCGAUCAUCUUGUGUUCAGCUCUCCUAACACAAUGGUGGCCUUUACCCAGCAUGCGGCCACGUUGCCGGAGCUGCUGGCACAGGUACCAUUGUUGAAGGAGGAUAAGGUGAUCAAAAACCCCGAGGCUCGCCUGCACCGUGCUGCUUCGAUUGUCAAGCCGACCGAGGUCCAAAAUGUCCAGCGAUGCGUUCGAUGGGCCAUGAAGCACCGCGUCGGCCUAACCCUGCUUGGCGGGGGGCACAGCGGUCACUGCCUUUGGCCCAACGUCGUUUCGGUCGACAUGAGUGCCUUUGACCAGAUACAUAUUCUCACGGAUGAGGAGGACAGAGAGGGAUCCAGGUCCGAUCCUGCCCCCGUCGUCAUCGCCGGAGCGGGCUGCAAGACGGGCGACAUCGUCCGCGAGACCAUGGCGGUGGGCUUGACAGUGCCCUUGGGUUCCCGGCCCAGCGUAGGCGCGGGACUGUGGCUUCAGGGCGGUAUUGGGCACUUGGCCAGACUGUAUGGGCUCGCGUCUGAUGCCAUAAUCGGCGCCGUAGUAGUCAGCGUCGACUCUGGCGAGAUACUCUGCCUCGGACACGUACCAACCCCACACCGGCCGGCCGCUGCCAAGCGCCCGCAACACGAAACCGAUAUGCUAUGGGCAAUCAAAGGCGCUGGAACCAAUUUUGGCAUCGUCAUUAGUGCGACUUUCAAGGCGUUCGCGGCUCCAGAUUAUCUGCUCCGAACUUGGUUGAUUCCUCUGAGCGAUGCCCAGUGGGCGCGGAACAAGCUCGCUGACUUCGAUACAGUCGUCGCUAGUAGACUUCCUCGGAGUUGUUCGGCAGACGCAUAUUUGUACUGGGACGAUGGCCAAGUGCAUCUUGGUGUGACCGUGCUUGAAGCCUCUACGGAGGGCCCGACCUUCCGGAUGCCUACGUCCAUGCUUACAUUUCUUGGGGCGGAACACAGCCACAAGGCCGUGGACGGUGUCGGCUUGUUUGAGACCGACUUAUACCUGUGUGGUAUGCACGGCGGACACGGCGGCGGUAAGACCUACUCUUUCAAGCGAUGCGUAUUCUUAAAACACAUCGGAGCAGGGAGCAUCACCGACGUCCUGGUAGCAGCCGUCGAGACUCGCCCAUCGCCGCUCUGCUACCUUCAUCUACUACACUGUGGCGGAGCGGUCCGUGACGUGGCGGCUGAUGCCACUGCUUUCGGCUGUCGCGAUUGGAAUUUUGCCUGUGUCGUAACCGGCGUCUGGCCUCGCAACCUGGAUGGAACCGACACCGCCCAAGCUGCAGUGCGUUGGGUUUAUCACGUCGUCAGGGACUUAUUGCCCUUAAGCGUGGGGGCUUACGGAGCCGAUCUAGGACCGGACCCUAGAGAUAUCUCGCUGGCGGCCGAGGCCUUUGGGCCCAACCAGCCGCGGUUGGCCCGUCUAAAACACACCUGCGACCCACGCAAUAUGCUGGCUUACGCCUGUCCGCUCCCGAGAGCGCCGACGAGACAGCGCCUCGUCAUCCUUGUCACGGGCGAGAGCUGCGCGGGCAAAGACUAUUGCGCCAGCAUCUGGGUCGAAGUGUUGAACAAAAACACCCAGAAGGCCCUCACAGCACGUGCAGUUAGUAUUAGCGAUACCACCAAGCGAGAAUACGCAGCGGCUACCGGGGCCGAUCUGAAACGCCUGCUUUGGGACCGUGGCUACAAGGAGCAACACCGGCCGGCGUUGACGAUGUUUUUCCAGCGUCAGGUGCAGCAACGACCUCGCCUACUGGAGGAGCAUUUCCUUAGUGUAGUGCACGGCGCGACAGAUGUAGACGUGCUGCUAAUCACCGGAAUGCGUGAUGAGGCGCCGGUCGCGGGCCUGUCGCAUUUAGUUCCGGGCAGACUGAUCGAGGUCUGUGUCACCGCCAGCGAGGACACGCGGCGUCUUCGCCGAGGCUGCCACAUGAACCACGACGGUGGUGACGAUGGUGGUGGUGACAGGGGUAACAAAGGCAAGAUCAAUAGCGGAUCCCAGUUGGCGGACUUGAAAUGCAGCCCCAGUCUCGUCUUCGAUAAUGACGAGUUAGGAACGGAGGCGCCAACAGAAUUUGCCGAACGGCGCCUGCUUCCCUUCUUGCAACAGGACCUGCAGCGACUGGCCGAUAUGGUGCGCCUGGUACCGGACUUUCCACGCUCAGGCAUCGAGUUCCGCCAUGUGCUUGGCAUCGCUCAACAGAAGCGGGGGCUCACCCUCUGCACAUCGCUGCUGCAGGCUCACUUUACCGGAGAUUGGUCCCGAGUCGAUGCAGUGGCUUGUUGCGAGGCGGGCGGCUUCAUUUAUGCGUCGGCGUUGGCCGCACAUGUUGGUGUCCCCCUGGCGCUGAUUCGCGAAGCCGGCAAGCUCCCGCCACCUACGGUUUCUGUUCCCAAAUCCCAGUCGCAUAUCUCGUCUAUGGCACCAAGCAACUCUAGGGAGCAGAGGAUCGAGUUGGGCCGGGAUGUAGUCUCCAAAGGCUCCUCAGUGGUGGUUGUAGACGAUGUGCUUGCUACAGGGGAGAGUCUCUGCGCGGUGCUGCGACUAUUAGGUAAAGCCGGCACCAAUACCGAGGAUGUGAGCAUUAUGAUCGUGGCCGAGUUCCCUAUCCAUCGUGGUCGGGAGCUGCUGCGCAGGCAUGGUUUUGGCAAAGUCAAGGUUCACAGCCUCUUGGUCUUCCCAGGUGUCUAG